UUUAGAUACGUGCUGCCGAUGAUAAUCUUUCUCAGUCUCUCAGGAGUUUCCAAUAGCUUAGCUCGAAGUAUCCUUCAAUCCAGAGUGUUAGAACUUAUGAAUCAUAGGUACGACUGUGAAGCAAACGACAUUCAGCCUGCCGAUCUUAAUGAAGCUGAAGGACGCAGUAGUCGAGCUGGUCGGCCAGCAACUCUGACACUGUAUGCCGGCCGAGGAAGACUGCGGUCUAUCGCCAACGUCAUGAAAGCUUCUGGCUGUGAUGGAUGCUUUCCUUGCCCAAGGUUCGCAAAAGGAACCAGAAGCGUAUCAGGCGAGAGCUAGCGCGUGAAUGACUUGCAGGUUUUUCCAGUCUCUAAGCUUCUGCAGAAACGUUCCAGGAGAAAGUUAUAAGGGAGAACAUUGACAAGUCA